AUGGAAGAAAGAGUGGACACAGAAGAGUGCUUAUGCAUAAUGAGCGAAGAAACGCAAAGGGUGAAAAGCAUUGCAUUUCAUCCCAGCAAGAAGAUUAUAAUAGCAGGCCUGCACAAUGGGGCUGUGCAGGGCUGGAACUAUGCGUACAAGACCAAGGUGUUUGAGCUGAACGAGCACGAGGGCCCUGUGCGCGUGGUUGUAUUUCACCAUUUAAUAGAAAGAUUCGCCACUGCAGGGGACGACUGCGUGAUUCGCGUGUGGGACUACAAGACAAAGACGGUGGAAACUGUUUUCAAAGGGCACACGGACUACGUUAGGUCGAUAGAGUUCCACAAGCAUCUGCCUUGGCUGAUCAGCGCCUCAGACGACCAGACGAUUCGGAUAUGGAACUUCCAGUCCAAGAAGCAAAUUGCAUGUCUGACAGGGCACACGCACUAUGUGAUGGCUGCGCGCUUCAUAAACGACAACAUAUUUGCAAGUGUGUCUUUGGACCAGACGAUUCGCGUGUGGGACUACUCUGCGCUUGUGACAAAAAGCCAGGCAAGUGUUAUGGACAUUCUGGGGGUUCCAGAGGUGAUUCUCAAGCACAUCGUGGACGGGCACGACAGAGGCAUCAACUGCAUAGCCGUUCACCCGGAAGCUGAGACGUUUGCAACGGGCGGAGACGACAGCACGAUACGCAUAUGGGAGGUAACGCAGGAUGGCGUUGUGGAAAAGGAAACUCUGCAGGGCCACCACAGCCACGUAAGCGCGCUGUGCUACACGAAGGCCGACACGCUUAUAAGCAACAGCGAGGACGGGACGAUGAAGGUGUGGAACGUAAAGAAGAGAAAGCCGGUGAAGUCCUUUAAGGUGGAGAGCAGGUACUGGUGCGUGGCGCUGGACCGGACGGAGAAGCUUUUUGCAGCUGGGCACGACACAGGGUUUACAAUGUACUCGAUGGAAAUGCAGCGCCCUGUUUACACAGUGAGCGACUCAGUGCUUUACCUGUGCAAAGACAGGGAGGUUCUCAGGCUGCAGGAAAACCGGCUGGUGAAGGUUGCAAGCACGCAGAAAGAUCCGCUCGAGGUUUUUGUGCAGGAUGGAGUUGUGAUUCUGAACUACAGCGGAGGAUACUCGGUGCACGGGAAGGCGCAGUACAGAGGCAGCGGGCGAGCCGUCUUUGCAGGCGGAAAGGUUUGCGUGGCAACGGGAAGCGAGAUCAUCACGAAGGAGAUAGACGGAAGAGAGAUAAGCACGUAUACCGUGGAGGCCGACAGGCUCUUUGAGGUGGAGGAGGGCCUGCUGGCGUCGAAGGACAAGCUUCUUUUCCGGGUAGAAAACGGAGAGAUGGCCGAGAGCUUCCUGCUGCCAGAGAAGUGCCUUUUUGUGCAGUACAACAGCACGCACAUCGUUGCUGUUUGCAGCAAAAACAUCGUGGUGCUGAACUACAGCCUGCAGCAGGUCUCCGUGGUGGAGGAAAUAGUUGCUGUUAACAGCCUGAUUUUCAAGGACGGGUGCAUCUUCUACAGCACGCCCAUGCACAUAAAGUUUGCGUUCACGAGCGGAGAGGGGUCUUCUUUCAUCUCAACGGACGAGCCCAUGUGGAUUUCCAGCGUGGACGACAGCUUGUUUACGCUAAUUGCAGCAGACGGGACUGUCGUGGAAAUGGAGGUUGACAUGGUCGAGUGGAAGUUCAAAAAGGCGCUGGAGGAAAUGGACGUCCCGGAAAUCAAGAAGUGCGUGGAUAGCGGGUCGCUUAUUGGGCAGGCAGCACUUUCUGCGCUGAUUCGCAAGGGGUUCUACGAGGAAGGCCUGCACUACGUUAAGGAUGCGGGCGUGCGGCUGGAGCUGUGCCUGAAAACCAAGAGAUUUGCAGACGCCUUGCAGUAUGCCAAGGAACUGCACAGCCCAGAAGUAUAUGUGAAGACCGGCCUGGCUGCGCUUGACCAUGAAGUGGGCGUCUCUGAAGAGUGCUUCAAGCUGGCAGAAGACUAUGCCCGCCUGCUGCUUCUGUACAUAUCAAGCGGCCAGAAGGCGAAAAUAGAGUCUUUUCUGUUUGAGUGCCCCGACAGCGUGUACUGCGCCGUUGCAGCAAUUAUCACGGGGAACAAGGAGGUGCUGUGCAAUUUGCUGGAAGUCCAGACAGACUCUGGCGAAGUCUGCGUGGUGAGCAAAGAGAGCGAAGAAUCCGCCCCCAGCCCAGCCGAGUCGCAAAAAGAAGAGACUCUGCAGGAAAAAAACAGCGACGACUGCUCCUUCGCCUCAGAGUCGCAGGAUGCGUUUGACCUUGACGAGGUGCAGACAAUCAACAAAAUGGCUGCUGAGAUUCCAGAGGAGGCGUCUGAAGAGUGUGCGGAGCUUCCUAUGCUGAACCUCUCCCGCAUGGAAAGAUGCAUGCAGAAUGUGCCUGCCAACUUUGACGCGGGGAGAGAAAUAGCCCUGGCAAAGGAGUGCAUGAGCACGGGGAAGGCAUCGAACGCGCUCACAGGCUUCCUGAUGGCAAUGCACUGCUCAAUUGACGCCAUACGGAAGAAAAAAGACACGGAAGAAACGCACCGAAACCUAAGAGAAGCCUCAAAAUAUGCACAGGCCCUGUUCGCUGACAGGAUAAAGAGAACGAGCCCGUCGGACAAAGUGAGCGUCUCCUGCGCGAUAUUCUACGCGGGGCUGGACCUAGACAGAAGCCACUGCCUUAAGGCAAUCAAGAGCUCUAUCCCGGUGUGCUACAAGAAGGGAAACAAGCAUAGCGCGAUGCUUCUGGCAAAGGAGCUGGUUCAAAAGUACGGAAGCAGCGACGAAAAAAUGCAGUUGCUGGCAAAUAGCACUCGCCCCUUAAAAGACACGUACGUGAUCGACACAAGCCUUCCUUUCUGUGUGGACACUGGAGAGUACUCGGAAAGCGCCGAGCAGUGCACAAUAUGCAAGGCCUGGUCGUCCAGCAGCAGCAGAACAUGCGCGUGCUGCUUUGUAACAAAUCUGCAAUAA